CGUAUAAGAGAGAGAAAGAGCGCCGACAACAAGGGGAAGUACCCAGCGCGCCCGUCUCCAAUUGGCCGGGACCGAUCACCGCGGUAGAUAGCGAACCGAGCCUUAAACCGCGACACACGGCUCCGAGUCUGUUCUUUCAUUGCGAACGAUCGGUCAAGCAACAGCUUCUCCUUUGCUGCAGUGUCUGUGUGCGUGUGUAAACGGUUGCCAUAGUUACGAGACGCUUCAGGUGUGUUGUGUUUAGCAGAAAUCUCGUUCUGGGUAAUGAAAAACGCGUCAUCGGCAGCAUCGAGACGAGGAGGUGUCACUGGCUUUCCAGUUGUGACGGACAUAAGAAGAUACGAGUUUGAAGUCAAGUAGAGGAGAUUCUCUCCCUGUGUGUUAUACAGAGGCACCAUAGGCAGUCACGAAGUUACAGACUCCCAUCAUCGAUCAACCAUGAAGGGACCAACGGAAACCCGCAGCAGCGCCAACGACAAGACAUUCCACCCGUCGUCGCCGCCUCCGUCCUACCCAGGCUUCGAGCACGAGAUCCGGGACCACCUGAUGGGCGACGGUCUCCGAGUCAAGAUGAACUCGAACGCGUCCAACCUGUGGAUCCAGGGCGACGGCUGCCGCGUCACCCUCGCGAUCAACAGCGGCCUCCUCCGGGUGUCCGGCGACGGCUGCCGAGUCCACAUCGUGAGGAACCUCGGCUCGGUUGAGUACCUCGGCGACGGGGGUCGCAUCAUUCUGGGACCGGAAUCCGUCAACGGACGCGAGCAAGUGAAGUACCGGGGCGACGGCGGUGUCAUCGAGUUCGGCGAGACUCGCAAGUCCAGCGGAAAGAAGAGCGAGGCCGACGGCGAGAAGAAGAAGAAGAAGCGCGAGACGAGCAGCAGCAGCACCAGCAAGUCGAGGGUCAACGAGGACGGAAGCGUAACCGUCACCAAGAUCACCACCACUUCGACACCGACUGCUGGUAAGAAGACCGAGGGAAAGAAGAGGCUCAGCGAGGCGAUCGGCUGCCCGAACGUCUACGUCAAUCUGUGCAUCAAGAACAAGUGUUGAAUAUUAGUGUGAUAGCUUAAAUCGGUAUAGUGGCUUUACUAGUGCUUUAAUCGAGCGAACAUUACAAUGUGUGCAGGCGAAAUUCAGUGCCUCGAGAGGAGCAAGUGGAAAUCUACUCUUAGAAGAAAAUGAGAAAGAGCUUCGUCUUCUCCAUGACUUACGUUAUCGACGCAAAAACCCAAAUGAGUAAGCGAUCCGCAGGAAGCGCACACGGAUACAUCCGGCCAAACGCGCCCCGAGAGGAAACAUUUUCGCAUCCUAAGUACUAUCAAAUUAGAAUUUUUCUUCCCGCACUGCAUCCUGGAAGUGAGGCAAUCUCGCGUCUGAAAAACAACGAUCACCCUAUGGAACGACACUUUUAUAAUACGCGUAAACCGGAAGCUCGACGCGCAGCUGCAAAGUCCGAAAGAGGCGGGAUUGAUUUUUACGGAUGACCACAGCAGCGAGACUUCCGAUGGCUUGAUGGAAAAAGCAGCCGGUAGCUCGAUUUUCCGCUCGACAGCCGCGCGGAAUGUCAUGCAGCUGCGCGACAAAAGGGCGAUUGUGAUUAUUGCGCGAACGUUUGCUCUUUACUUCUCUCCGAUGCUCGACGGAUUGUUUCGCCGCGCGAUCGAUGUAUAUUAUCUCGUCCUGACUCUUUUCUUCAAAGAUAUAGGGAGAAGAAAGGGUUAUUAUGUGUUAAUAUCGUAUACGCGUAAUAUAGGAGGAUGUGCAGAGAUAUGUAUGUAUUCGUGUGCAGUUGAACUUGUUAUUAUAGGCGAGCAACACGCGAUUGUAAGACGUUAUACUUAUUACUGUAAAAAGGCUAUGCGCGCGUGUCCGGACAACCUCGGGCUUAUCUACUUAAGAUUUCAUGCUUUGGGAUAUAUAUUAAUGAUAUACAUACUUUCGAGUGUAAAAAGGAACAAGCUGCAUUAAACGUAUAUAUACUGUAAUGAAUCUAGUCAAAUAAGUAUUUUAAUAAAUGAGACCGAGUAAGUUGCGUGCGGUGUAGCGAUGUUGCAUUUGAGUGUGUAUCACUGUAAAUAAGAGGUCUGAUCUAGUCACUAUUAUUUUAAAUAUAUAGUAAAUUAUAUGCGGCACGCAACACUCGGUUCGAAAACAAUGA